UGUGGUAACAUGGAGGAUGCAUAUAUUGCUUUGAAUUCGGAGUGCUACUACCAAGAAGAGGCACUUAACAUUUUCUUAUCACAAUCUCAUUUAAAAAUCGUUCGCAUCUUGGUUUUGAGUUUUCAUUUUACCCUUAUAUUAUAAUUUUAUUUAUACAUGUUGUAGGUCUUAUACUUGGUGCAAUUGAGAUAUAACUGUCAACAUCUACCUUUCUUACCCCAAUUUAAAGAGAUUUAUGAGAUUUGUUGUUGUUGAUGUUGCUAUUGAUAUUACCCUUAGAUAAUAUAUGUUAGACAAAAACAAAUGAUAUUUUGAUUAGCUCUCAUAUUUUUUUUUUGUUUAUUUUCUUUAUGUAUAACCUUUCUUUAUUGUGAUUUUUUUUAUUGUUAUUAGGCACUUGACACCACAGGGUUGAAGCUUUCUCUGUUAUACUCAAAACUAGAGAUGGAAACAAUAAUUGCUUGUGCGAACGAAGAGAUUGCUAGAAAAAUAGAUGAAGCAUUGUAUCUCAAAAGCCUAUUAACAAAAACCAUUAAGGAAAGAGAUGAAUUUCGAUUCAAAUGCCAAAUACUAGUUUCAAAAAAUCUCGUUCUUCAACAAGAAAUUCAAAAACUCGAAGCCAAUCUUUCUUCUUUUGUAAGAGUUGCUCGCACUAGUUACAUAGAAGAUGACCCUAUUGCACAAGUUGUUUCUUCUUUGGCCUCUAAUGAAAAUUCUACUAAAACCCAAUUAACCGAUCAAAUUCCGUUACUGUCACUACCACCACCACCAUCACAAUCAUUAACAGAUGUCAUUGAUAAUGUAGUACUAACAAAAAGGUUACCAGAGAAAGGCAAGUUCUUGCACGCCAUGAUGAAAUCAGGCCCUCUACUUCAAAACCUUCUUCUUGUAGGUCAUCUUCCACAGUGGCGAAACCCACCACCAAAACUUAAUUCAAUCAAGAUCCCACAAGUAACCAUUCCAUCACCAUUUAUGAGAGUGCAUGGCUUUGAUUUUCCUCAAUCACCAACACCAAGAAUCAAAAAGAUGUUCACGGAUCACCAUUGAGAAUCUUGUGACUGAUGUUUUAAUUCCAUCCCAAACAUUUGUAAGCACAAAAAUAUGUCAUUUCUAUCACAUUUACUACUUUUUGAACAUG